AUUGCCAAUGGAUGAACUGGUACAUGACUUGGCCUCAGCCUUAGAGCAGACUUCAGAACAAAACAAACUGGAGGAGCUAUGGGAAGAGAUGGCCCUAAGCCCACGGCAGCAGCGACGUCAGCUUCGCAAGAGACGGGGUCGUAAACGACGCUCAGAUUUCACACAUCAGGCAGAGCAUGCCUGCUGCUACAGCGAGGCCUCGGAGUCAAGCUUGGACGAAGCUGUCAAGGAUUGCCGUGAAGUGCUGACAACAAAUUUCAGUGACUCUGAUGACAUGGCCAUGGUCAAACGACACCCAGCUCUCAGUGCCACCCUGAGGAGCAAGCAACACUCGUGGCAUGAGUCAGACUCCUUUACAGAGAAUGCACCCUGUCGACCUCUCAGGCGCCGACGGAAAGUCAAACGUGUGACAUCAGAAGUGGCUGCCAGUCUCCAGCAAAAGCUCAGGGUGUCAGAGUGGAACUACGAGAGGGGCUGCAGGUUCAAGUCAGCCAAGAAACAGCGUCUUUCACGCUGGAAAGAAAAUGCCCCUUGGACAUCAUCCAAUCAUGGCCUUUGUGAAUCAGCAGAGAACAGGCCCUUCCUCAGCAAAGCGGGAAGGAAGGAGCGGAUGGAGUGUGAAGCUGAUGAACAGAAACAGGGCUCAGAUGAAAACAUGUCAGAAUGUGAAACCAGCAGCGUAUGCAGCAGCAGUGAUACUGGCCUGUUUACCAAUGAUGAGGGUCGCCAAGGUAACAAUUGUCCU